CAUUGCAGCAGGUGGUCACGAACAACCCUCGAUACCACUCUUUCUCAAUUAUUGAUCAUGAAAGCCGUCUCGAAUUAAGCUCUGUAGUCAACCGAAACCACACGCUACACCUUCGAACCACCGCAUCCCAAUCCCUCAAUAAUCACCACCACAACAACCAGAAACAAUGGCAACCCGCCGCGCGCUGCGCACCCUCAACCAUCUGACCACACGCCGCGCCCACUCCACGACGUCCGUCUCAGCAAAUGAGCUCUCGCAUUUCUCCGCCCUAGCAAGCAGCUGGUGGGAUCCGCAGGGCCCGUCACGGGUGCUGCAUCUGAUGAACCCGCUCCGCCACGACUUCAUCGCCUCAUGCCUCUCCGACGCCCUACCCCCGCCUCCCCCCAGCACCAGCACCAGCACUCCGACCUCCGAAACCAACCCCAACACCCUCCGCUACCUCGACAUAGGCUGCGGCGGGGGGAUCUUCGCGGAAUCGCUGGCGCGCAGCAUCACGCCGCCCUCGACACCCACACAAACCCCAACCCCCACGCGCGCAGCGUCAAUAACAGCAAUUGACCCCUCAACAACACUGAUCCAGAUCGCGCGCGACCACGCACGGCAGGACCCAACGGUCGACGCGCACCUGCGCACCGGCCGCUUCGAAUACAAGAACUGCACGCUGGAGGACUUGAUUGCCGCCUCCUCCUCCCCCUCCUCCUCCCCCUCCCCAUCCACCCAGAAGAAAACCUACGACAUCGUAACUCUCUUCGAAGUAAUCGAGCACAUCGAAUCCACACCCGCAGCAGGCAUCUCGCCGCAAUCUUUCCUGACGGAUUGCCUGCGACUUGUGCGUCCCGGCGGGUGGCUCAUCGGCUCGACGAUCGCGCGCACGUUCCCCUCCUGGUUGGUCAACCAGGUUAUCGCUGAGGCGCCGUGGCCCGUCGGCGUGGUGCCGCGCGGGACGCACGAGUGGCAGAAGUUUGUGAAUCCCGAGGAGUUGGAAGGGUGGGUGCAGGAGGGGUUGAUGCGCGGAGCGGAUGGGCGGGUUACGAGAGCUGGUGCCGCGGCGUUGGAGGGCAUGCGUUGGAAGUGUAUGGGGGUUGUGUAUUUCCCUGGCUUUGGGUGGAAGUUGGUGCCUGGGUCCGAGAGCUGGGGGAAUUACUUUUGGGCGGUUCGGAAGGGGGUUUAG